CCUUGAUCGCCGCUUCCGUUGCUCUAGGCGGAAGUGGCGACGCGGGGGUCCGCGACCUGCGGCCCGCGGCGCAUGUCCCCAACGCGGCCCCUGCUCAGCUCCCUGGGCUACAGGAAGAGCCCCGCACAGCUCUGGAUGACCAUAGCAGCAUCAUUUUCCACAGCAUCACGCCAUCCUCGUCGCGGCCGGCAUCCAUGUCUGCCGCUCCGACAACAGCUACGAUCGUGCCUGCCUCAAGGUCGCACUCCCAGAGCCAAGGGGUCUUCUGCGUCCCGAUGGCGCCGCCAGCUGCUGGCGACAGCCACCGCCCCGCGGCCAGCUCCAUAGUUCCCCCGCAGAGCCCCCAGGCGUCUUGCAUGGACAACACUCCCUUUCGGCAGGCGGCCAAAAUGGCGGCUGCAGCCGCAGGAACACCCUGGUCGCCUGCUGCCAUCACCCAUGCUAAGCGGAUCGGUGCUGUCAGCACGAGCACCGCUGGAGGGCACCGUGCCCUAGCUUGCGUUUCGAGCCCUCCCGGCCGCUCACAGCAGCAGGACGUGCCUCCCUCGCCGCCUUGCCCUGCACAUUCAGCUCAGCGUGUGGUGCGUCGACUGCCCUCGGCCGGCGUGCCGUACGGCUCAGCGGCUUGGGGCGGCGGUCGGGAGUUGCGCUGCUCCACAGGGGGUGCUGGAAGCGGCGGAGUGCAACCGGCAAGCCCGCACUCCAUGGCGAUCCCGUCCCCUAGCUCCUCUCAGGUUCAGCUGGCAGCCACCGCCUCCAACCCGUCCGGACCCGCAUACGCCCACACCCCGUCAGAGGCCUUCACCCUAACAUUACCAUCCGGCAGCGUGUACACCGCUUCCCGCACGGCCGGCCACAACGGCGCACCUUCUGCCGGUUCCGGAGCUGCAGGGGCGGCCCACAGAAGCGGAGCAGCGAACGCCAGCUCGGACCCCGGCGCAUGCACCGCUUCGCUCACGCCCGCUGCCCCCAUCGGACACACCUUCCUAGAACGCAGCAGCACCGGUAUCUAUAACUCUUCCAUGGCGGGCGCCAGCCACUGCAGCCCGAUGCCGCCGCCGGCGAUCUUCUGCCAUAGCUCUGCCGGAUGGGAUGGGUACGGCAUCUACGGGACUCCGUACAGCUCGUACGAGCAAGUGCAUAUGUCUGUCAUGUCGGGACCGGGCAGCGCACUGGCGCGCAAUCCCACGUCAACCUUUAUCCGCAGGUCGGAGCUGCAAUUCAUUCAGGAAAUCGGCUGCGGAGCUGAGGGCCGCGUGUGGCGUGCGCGCUGGCAGCACAUUGACGUGGCCGUCAAGGAGAUGUUCCCCAAGGCCUCCACCCUUGCAAAGCUGACGGGGGCGUUCAGGGAUGUGAACCAAGGACGGCAGUGUAACGAAGGCGGCUCCCCAGAUUCCGGCCCCGGCCCCGUCCCUAGAACCGCGACCGGCGUGUCCUGCAGCGGCCCCAUUCCCGUCCAGCGCUCCUUGCAGUUCGGCCCCUCACGCCCGCCGCCGGGCCCUACCAACCCCACUCUCUGCGGCGGCAUCGCGCCAGCUGCCGGGUCCGACCUGCUGCGGACCCGCAGCCAGACACACGUGCCACCCUCAACAGGAGCCGCCGUCGCAAGCAGCCCCUCAGGAGUCACGCCUCCGGCUACGAUCCUUGGGCCCUGCACCUCCACGACCCCCACCCGCCCGAGGAACACAGCCAACCAGGUGUUUUGGACGCCGGCUGCGAAGGGCCCUACUAGCGGCGGUCCGGGCGAGGCGGUGGUGCUGCCGGAGUUCACAUCGCUUCGGUCCACUGCGCCGCUGGGCUCGUACCUGGGCUCCGGAGCAGCGGACGUUGCCGCGGUGAUUAAAGAGGCGCGCGCGAUGGCGCAACUCAGUCAACACCCCAACAUCGUGCGCUUCAUUGGUAUCUGUCUCGAACAGCCGCUCAUUGUGACCGAGUACUACCCGCGCGGCUCCGUGUUCGACCUGCUCCGCAAGGCUGCCGACGGCGACCGCGAGGCCUGCUUGACGCUGCACUGGAACAACCGGCUGUGCAUGCUGCACGACCUGGCAGCCGGCAUGAGCUACCUGCACAGCCAGGGCUACCUGCAUGGGGACCUGCGCUCGCCCAAUGUGUUUGUGGCGCAGCAGGACCGAGUCAAGAUCGGCGACUUUGGGUAUGCCAAGCUGCUAGGUGACAGCGGUCGUGGAAGUGCCAGUACCAGCAACAGCGCCAAUCCUCGGUGGAUGGCGCCGGAGGCGUUGAAGGUCGGACGUGUAACGCUGAGUGCUGACGUGUUCAGCUUCGGUGUGGUGAUGUGGGAGCUGCUUACGUGGCAGAUCCCCUACGACGAACUGAACCCCUUCCAGGUGAUUGUGAGCUUGGUGCACGACCCAAACUUCCGGCCCGCGCUGCCGCCCCGCGAGCAGCUGCCGCACCUGCCGCCCUACGCGGACCUGGACGGCUACCUGGCCCUCAUGCAGCAGUGCUGGCAUUGCGAUCCGGCGGCGAGGCCCAAGUUUGACCAGGUAGCAGACCGGCUGGACGCCCUCAAGGCCGCGAGUCUUGGCGUCAUGCAGAGGUGGCGCCGCAGCAGCGAGGCGGGACCUGGGCCGCGCGCAUCGGCGCUGUUCCGCUCCGCCAGCACUGCGUCACAUGUGCCUGCUGGCAAUGUGCCGCUUGUUACCGACGGCACAGUUGCGGGCGUCUUCCCUGCCGCUGCUGCAGCGGCCGGGGGCAGGGGAAGCAGCGGUGGCGGCGCUCCCAUGGGACAAGGGCCCACCCCUGCUGGCUGUCCCGCAGCGGCUCACCGGCGCGCAGCUAGCGGUAGCGUGGUUCCCCAGCACCCGAGCACACUCCCCACCCAGCGCUCUGUGGCCGAGCGGCCCACCAGCGGCGGUGGGGCGCAGGGGGGCCGAUCUGGCGCACGUGGCCCCUCACUCCUCGGCCCUGGCGGCUCCAGCGGUGGCAAUGCCAACACAACCGGGUUACGGCCGGGGUCAGGCCAGGCGCUUGCCGUUACUCCCAGCGGUGAUGCUACCUUGCAGUCAUUGCCGUACCCGCGUUUGGGUGGUGGCGGCGGGGGCAGCGACGGCGGCGCCCGACCCCCGCGUUGUAACGAUGCUGUUGCCGCCUCAUCACCUGCGGCGCAAGCGGCCCCAGCGCCAUUUAACGCUUUAAUGGUGCCGAAGCCGCUAAAGCAUGGAAACUCCGGCGCCCUUUCAUACGCGGUGGCGCAUGUGCAACCCGUGGCGCCACCCCCUCGGGCGCGACAACGACUGUGGGGCCCAAUGGAUAGCGGCGGCGGCUUGCGGCCUUCCAUGCCGCAAGCGCAACAAGGAGAGGGCAGCAGCACUGAGGUUGAUACCGCUGCGGGGCGUCCGCCGGCUCAAAACGAAGCUGUAGUCGACUCUACAGGUUCCACAGCGCCCCUGCUCGGCGGAGGCCGUACGAAAGCCGCCGGCAUGACUGUCUCUGACCCGGGGUCGGUCCCAGAGCCUUCUGGACGGCAUUCGUCCGCGUUGGCCCCCAUCAAGUGUGAUUUCCAGCAACAGGUGACAAGUGAGGGCGGCGCACUCCGAAGCGUCCAGAGCACAGAACUACCUCACCAGCUACAGACUCGGACCUCCAGCUUGGCGUCAAACGCACCACAUGCCUUUUCUUGUGCGUCUCAAGGUGCCGAUACAACGGGCGGCAUGCGCCGUGUGACUGGGACGACGUUUGCACCUCUAGGUCAUGUGGAAAGCAUGAACACCACGGGCUCGGGAUCCGAAGGGCUGGCCAGCCCUUUUGCCGACCUAACACUUCUGUCGUGGCUGCAAUAGGCCGGGCACCCAGGACGCAAGGGGUGUAUGCUUAGCUGCUGAGAUGAGCAGUGAACGUUUAUUGUACGCAUGCACGCUUUCUUCCCCUGCCCCCCACCCUCUUGCUGCCAUGCCGGUACGGUUAAAUAGUAGGGGAACUAGGGUCAAUUCAUGUGCAGGGCUUUAAGAGCAUGAGGAGCUACAGUGUCCAGCGGUUCUGGAUUGUGUAUUUAUCGUACUUAUUUGUGACUAUCAAGGGCCGGGACCGUGACUAUAUCGAACUGCUCGAGCGAACCAGGGAGAAGUAGUCCUUACAGACGUGUAGUGUACUCCCUUUGGUAACUUCUGUCACAGAGAGCAUGACGUCUUGCACUCUUGCGUACUGGUGGCACCGUACACACAUGCCUAAAUUUGCUGAGGGGCAGGUUACAGGUCUGGACAUACUCAACGGGACAUGUGAAGGGCCGCAUGUAAGAGUGGAGCUGGCCCUCGGGCAGGUCAUGUCCCGCUAAGAUAUACCUGUCGUCAGCCUGUUCCACACAAGCAAACAAGUACACCGGAUGUAACAUAUUGUCCCCUGGAUACAGAUGCUAUGCAUGUUAAACAUGCAAUGCCCGGGUGGCAGGCAACAC